AUGACACUCCUAGGGUCUGAGCAUUCAUUACUGAUUCGAAGCAAGUUCAGAUCAGUCCUGCAGUUACGACUCCAGCAGAGGAGGACACGAGAACAGCUCGCAGGCCAGGGCAUCAUGCCUCCAUUAAAGAGUCCAGCUGCAUUCCAUGAACAGAGGAAAGGCUCUGAAAGGUCCAAGGCUGGGGAUUUCCUAAAACAUAAAAUUAGGGGUAGACAAGAGAAGUCAGAUUUGGUCAGCAUGCAUAUUUUACAAGACUCAGGCGCCGAAGGCUCUGCACAGGCCGCUCAGAUGAAACUGAAGCGAGCCAGGCUUGCCAGCGAUCUUAAUCAGAAAAUUGCUCUAAGACCAGGCCCUUUGGAACUGGUAGAAAAGAAUAUCAUUCCGGUCGAUUCAGCAGUCAAAGACGCUGCAGUGAAAGUGAACCAUGGCAAGUUCCUCAAACAGGAGGACUCCUACGCGUUUGAGGAGGACAGCAGCAGCGACAGUCUCUCCCCCGAGCAGCCACACAGCAACGAGUCCCCGAGCUCCGCAUGCUCCUCAUCCGAAGCCAAGAGCAGCAACUCCUCCUCUCCGGCCCUUGGCGCCACAAGACAGGGAUCUCAGAACAGGGAUCAUAAUGGACGUAUUGGCUCCCCUAGCACUCAAACAAGCCAAGAAGAUAGCCUGCCUAUGAUGAACAGCAACGAGCUAACCCCACCCACAGCUGUUCCAACAAUCAUCAAGUCAAAAACAUCGGAUAAAAACCGGCACAAAAAGCCAAAGGACACCAAGCCCAAGGUGAAGAAGCUGAAGUACCACCAGUACAUUCCACCAGACCAGAAGGUGGAGAAGUCCCCUCCCCCGAUGGACUCAGCCUACGCGCGACUUCUGCAGCAGCAACAGCUCUUUCUGCAGCUGCAGAUCCUCAGCCAGCAGAAGCAGCACCAGCACCAGCACCAGCACUCCCAGCAGCGGCCACAGAACUUCAGCUUCCAGCCACUGCACCCACCACCGCUCAAACAGUCUAAUGAACAGCUUCCCAGAAAUUCAAACGUUCCUGCGAGCACUGCAUCAAACAGCUCCCCAUCGCCAGCAAAGACCACUUAUUCUGCACAAAGCAGCAUUUCAGCUGUAAAACCUGGGCCCCUCCCUUCAAAUCUGGAUGACCUUAAAGUUUCAGAGCUGAGGCAACAGCUGAGGAUACGCGGCCUCCCUGUAUCUGGCACAAAAACAGCCCUCAUAGAAAGGCUCAAGCCCUUCAAGGACCCCAACUCCAGCUCGCCAUCAAGCUCCAGUGACAUCACCACCGUGACCUUCCCAGUAACACCUACCGGCUCCUUGUCUUCCUACCACUCUCCAAGCUCCUCCAGUGCCAUCUCCAAUGGUGGCUUCUACCAGUUCUGCAGCUCCAGCUCCACCCCACCCAUCUCGCCAGCCUCCUCUGACCUUUCUGUUGGUGGCUCCCUGCCAGACAGCUUCAGCGAUGUCACCAUGUCCUCUCCGCAGUUUGGUACCGAGGAGGGCCCUGCGACCAGUCUAAGCGGUGGCUGCCUGCCGCCAGACGCUGAGGGGCCAGAUGCAGAGAAGGACAAGAUGCUGGUGGAGAAGCAGAAGGUGAUAGAAGAGCUCACCUGGAAGCUGCACCAGGAGCAGCGGCAGGUAGAGGAGCUGAAGAUGCAGCUGCACAAGCGGAAGCGUGCCCACAGCCAGCAUGACCUGCGGGUACCGCCACAGAGCCCGCUCCACCUACAGCCUCCACCCCUGCAGCAGCAACGCUUCUUUGGAGUCGCCAUCAAACAGGAGCACGUGGCCUCCAGUUGCCCACUGUCUUCCAAGCAGCUUCAGGGGCCUCCCGGCAGCUGCAUAGACAGCCUGGCCCAUUGCAGUCCAGGGGUCCUCCCCAACCUGGGUGGCCCCCGCUGUUUGGACGGCCCCAGCUCGGGCAGCCCCACAACCCUGUCUGCCUUCCUGAGCCCUCAGUGCUCCCCACAGCACUCCCCCAUAACCAAAGCAGCGGGGAGCCCUCAGCCCAGCAGCCUUCCCUCGUCCCCAAACAGCCCCUACCUGCUGCCGGUGUCCUCCAGCACCGUGCCGGGGAGCAGCCACAGCCACUCUCCACAGCAGAGCGGCAGCAGGCCUCGCACCGCCCAGAUCCCACAGAAGAAUGUUGGCCAACCGGUGAGCUGCUCUUACUCUUCAGACCAGAGGAGCCUACAGCCAGUGUUCUCAAAUCCGACCGAAAGCAGCUUUGCCAGGGAUCAAGCCAAAGCAAAGAGUCCAAACAUGCACCAAAAGAUGGCAAUAUUACACUCUCCCAGGCACGGGGAACAAAAGCGCCCCAUCUCCCCUGCUGCUCUCUGCAGCUCAGAUUCUGCUGCAUCAAAGGUAAAGCAGCCCCCCUGCUAUGAAGAUGCAGUAAAGCAGCAAAUGACCCGAAGCCAGCAAAUGGAUGAACUUCUUGAUGUACUUAUUGAAAGCGGAGAAAUGCCAGCUAACGCCAAAGAAGACAGGCCGUGUGUAACAAAAGCUGUGCCUCACAUUACAGUGUCUUCCGGAAGCUCCAGCGUACCUGUGCCCAAAUUCCACAGGCACUACGAGCACCUGUCCCCAGCCCAGAUCCCCUUCGAACAUCCCAGCAGCAAUGGUGACGGCCACUUGGAGGCCUUGCUGAACAGCCCCAUGGGGAGAGCGGGCGACGUGGUGCUUCUCAAGAUGGGUGCUGGAGAGGGGCAGCUGGAGGACACUGGGGAGAGCUUCAUGGGCACCCACCCCGAGAAGCUGCUCACGAACCGGGACAUGAUGGAGACGCCUCUGUCCCCAAUGGAUGCCAGGGUUUCGCCUGCAGCAGAGGCUCAGGGGAUCAGCAUGUCCUUCUCGGAGUCUCCCUGGGAAACGAUGGAGUGGCUGGAUCUCACGCCACCGAGUUCGGCGACCGGCUUCAACACCAUCCCUCCGGCCGGACCCAGUAUCUUCAACACAGAGUUUCUUGAUGUUACAGACAUCAACUUGAACUCAGCCAUGGACCUUCACUUAGAGCAAUGGUGAACUGAAAAGGGGCAAGAGCAAAAGAGCACAACAAAUGUUAGAAUGGAACAGGUUCACGUCAGAAUAGUAAACAUCGCCAGUUUAUGCGAUUUGCCUUCAGAGUUGUUGAUAAUGUACCAGGAACUUUUCUAGGACCUUCUUCUUCCUGGACAUGAUGCGCACAAUUACAAAUUUGGUUUCUACAUUGGUUUUUUGGUGGGCAGCCCAAGAAGAUAAUCAAACAAAAAUAUUGAUGUUCCUAUACCCAAAAAAACUGCAGCUUCAGUUGGUGUAGAGGAACUUAAUCUGCUAUCUGUCUGCAGUGGUUUGGGUCAAUCAGGACUUGAAAAUCCUCACUUCAGCACUAUGGCAGUGAAACACGAGAAAAACAUACAUUUUUACUACUGGAAAAAAGGUAACU